AUGUUCCAGCGCCUGCAGAAGGGGCUCAACCUUGACUUCCUGGACAAUAAGAUAGCCGAGGAGCAGGAAAAGCAGAAGCAGCUGCAACAGCAGGGACAAUCAGGGCGUGCGAAGCGCACACCCAGCAAUGCCGGCCGAGGGCGUGGAGGCAGCAGCAGCAGCAAGAGGGCAGGAAGCCGACUUCGCGUGGCGGACGGGCGAGAUGGAUCGCCUGCAGGCAGAAGCCCAGAUCCGGACGAUUUUGUGAUUGGCGACGACCAAUCCGAUACCGCAUCCAUCAUGUCCAAGACCGGAGGAGCGGCCGAUGAUGCGAUCAACGCAAAGGAGACACAAGCCGACGAUGACAAGGGUAAAGGCAAGGAAAUUAAGAGUAUGGGCCAGCCUAUUGUGGACGACAGUAGCAAGGCUUUGCCGCUCGAAGUCCAGCAAAAGCUUGCGAAGCUGGAUAAGUUCACGGCCAAGUAUCAGGAUUUGCUGCGUAAUUAUAGAACUGCUCAUGAGCUCAAUGCCUCCAUUGAGCCCUUCGAGGCAGUCCUGAAAGAGCACACCCCACUAACUUCUAUUGGCGACCCAAGUGCACUCGUUGAGUUCCUGAAUCAGCGUAGCGUACAGAGUUCGAUGGUGAUGGAGGAGCUGAAACGUGUUAGUGUCGAACAUGGCAGUGUCCUGAAGGAGCGGGACGAGUUGAAGAGCAAGCUUGAAGCAGCAGAGAAGGAAGCCAAAGAUGCACGCGAUGAUGCUGCAGACGUACGAAAGGAGAAUGAAGCGCUAAAAUCUGCAAAGGCGACUGUCACCAAGCAACAGCAUGAGACAGCCGAUGCGCCGGCUAGCGACGAUUUCUUCUCAUACGACAGCGAGGUCUCCCAGGCGAAUGCAGAGGGUGAAAAGCAAGAGUCUAAUGCCUCUUCUGGAUUGGCAAACGAGACAAUUCGGCUGCAGAAGCGCAACGACGCACUUUCCACAGAGGUUGCUAUCUUGCAGAAGGACCUAGACGUCGCUCGUCUCGACCUCGAGUCAAUGAAGCAGACCAUCCAAUCAAGGGACGCCGAGAUUGUCCAGCUCAAAGCUGAUCUCGAGGUCAACGCUCGCCAGCGGGAAGUUGCUCAGGAGCAGGAAUUGGAAGCUGCGGCGCACUCCGCACGGACUGAAAGCGAGCUCAUGGACCUUACGCGCCGUAUCAAAGAGACUCAGCAGAGUCUAGAUCAGAGUAAUAAGGAACUGCAAGAGAAAGCAGCGUCUGCUGAGGCGAACCUGAAAAGGUACGAGAGCGAACACGCUGAGAAUCUCAAGAAUGGUGUCUAUGCCCAGCGCGAGGAGAAGCGCUUCAAGAUCCUCCAGGAUCUAGUCAAUACACUACAAAGCCAGGUCAAGACUGCGGAGGAGUCGAAGCAAUCGGUAGAGAACCAGGUUGAGGAUUACAAGAUGCACCUCAAAAUGCUGGAGAGUGAAGUACGUGUGUCCGGCGAAAUCAAGGAUGAUCUCCGGACACAAUUAUCCAGGCUCACUUCCCGUGGAGCGGACAUCGAAAGCUUGAAGAAGAAGCUGACGGUGGCAGAGAAGGAGCGUGACGAUGCGCUGAAGCUCGUAGACUCCAAGGCUGGUCACGAGGCUUCCGUGGCGAAUCUGCGUAGUCUGCUGAAGCGUGCUGAAAAGGAUCGUGACGCCGCGUAUCAAAUCAUCGUUGAUUGUGGUAGGUGUGAUUCUCCAGACAGAGAGAAGGAGAAGCAUCUUGAAGUAGCUGUCGGAGACAGCAUCAGCACAGCCGGAGGCAGCACCCCGGACUCCAGAUCCCAUCUUGGCUCCGACGCGACGGGUACCAGUACUCUACCAACCGAUGAAGAUGCGACACCAGGUACCCCUGACGAACCAGCCACGCUGACAGAUGCAAAGAAGAAGAAGCAGAAGAAGAAGCCGAAGAAGAACAAAAAGAAGGCUGCAGAUAGUGAUGCUCCGACUGAAUCUGAAUCCUCGGUACAGCUCCCCCCUUCAAUCACUGUCGACGAGCUUCUGCGCAACCCAGAUGUGGCCUCCGGCGCCUUGCUCCACAACAAGUUCGGAGACAAUCCCAUGAUUCCAUUACUCAAGAACUUUGUGCAGACCAUGCAGUCAAGGAACGAGAGCCAAGACAUGGAUCACGCUAGCCUCCUCUCACACCAUGAGGGCAUUAUCGAACGGCAUGAGCAGACAAUCGCCGACAAUGCUCAGAUAUUGCGAGCCAAAAACGACGAGCUGGAGGCAUUAAGAGCCAGUAAAGAAGACGCCCCGUCGUACGAGAUUGUCCUCCAGAAGGACAAGGAGAUUGAGACGCUAAAGGGCGAGAUCUCAACUUUGCAAAGCCAGAUAUCCGAGAAAGACCUCGAGACCGGAAGACUGCAAGACAGGCUCAAGGGCGAGGCUCUUCUUAAUGAGCAGAUCGAGAACCUCAAAGAGGAGAACGAGACUUUCCAAGAGAGCUUGCUGGAGAAUGGCAAGGCUGCAGCUGACGCUAAACACGAGCUGAAAGAGCUGAGAGUGCGUCACGAUGCGCUCCAAAGCGAAUUUGAUGCAUUGCAGAAGGAAAGCGACAAGCGAGGCAAGGAGCUGAAAGUUGCGGAAGAGAAGAACCAGUCUCUGGCCGCGAAAUGCAACACUUUGGAGGAAGAGACUGCAGAGUUGAAGACCGCGGCCACGAACAUUGAACAGGACGAAGGUGCAGAACGAGAAUUGGCAGAAAUGCGGGCUGCGAAGUCGGCAAGCGAGAAGGAGCUGGAGGAGUUGAAGGCGAAGCACGGUGUGGACAGUGCUGAAUUGGCCACCAAAGUCGCCUCUUUGACCGAGGAUCUCGAGGCGCAACGAGAGAAGCUUGCGACCACGCAGAAAGAGGUUGAGUCAGCAGAACAGCUCGCAAGGACGAGAUUCAAGGAUCUUUCAGCUCUGAAAGAUGUGCACAGCAAGUUGCAACCAGAAUUGAAGAAACUGAGGGAGGAAUCUGCUGAAUUGCAGGCCACCAAGGCGGAGCUUGAUAAGAGCACUUCUAGCCUUAAGAGGCUGGAGAGCAAGGAGAAGGACCUUCGUUCAGAGAUUGCAGAGUACAAAUCUCAGGCUACUGGAAAGGAUGGUGAACUGCGAGCACUCAAGGAAAGGGCCAAGAAGAGCGAAGAGAGAAGCACUGUUCUGGAGGAAUCGUACGAAACAGCACGCAGAGACUUGGAGAAGAGCGAAAGCACUCGGAACGAGGCUAUUGACUCACGCGACAAGCUGCAGACUGACUUGAAGAAGGUCCAGGACGAGCUCAAGACGUCAAAAUCGUCUCUGGAUGACUUGGAGAAGCAGGUCAAGAAGUUCUCCGACGAAGCCAACAACCUUCGUGAUGAGCUUCAAUUCAAGUCUGCUCAGCAGGCCAAUGUACAAAGCACCAUGGACAGCAUGCAGGAACAGACGCGCGAGAUCGCCACGCAGAUGAAGGAGAUCAAGGAGCAGAAUGAGAGUCUCAAAGAGGAAUUGGCUGAUGCUCAAAGGCUUCUUUCAGAACGCGGCCGCGAAGGCGAGACGAUGCGUAGACUGCUGGCUGAUGUGGAGGGUCGUGCCGAAUCAAAAGUAAAAGAGAUGCGGGAGCAAAUGGACCUUGCGGUACAAGAACGCGAUCGGGCCGAGGAUGAAGCCAGUACCAUUGGGCGUCGGAAGGCUCGCGACUUAGAAGAGAUGAAAUCAAAGCUUCGAGCUGCCGAAGCAGAGGUUACCCGAGCAAUUGAAGCUAAGAACGAAGCGGAGCGUAGAGAGAAAGACUUCAAGUCAAGACAGGACGACACCGUGCGCCAACUCGAGAAGGCACAGCAGGAGGCAGGGGAGACGAGCACCGCCAUUGCCCAGCUCACCGAGUCAUUGGAUGAGAGCGAACGUCGCCGUCUUGAGGUGGAGAGGGACAAUGUUGAGGUGCUGAAGACCAUCCAGGAGAAGGAGGCGAAAUUGGAGAAGCUUCAGAAAUCACACAAAACGAUGGUCGAAGACCUCCGACUUGCUCGCACGAAGCAGAGUAGCAACAGUGUACAGUCCUCACGCUCGUCGAGGGAAUCGUCUAGAGUCAUGUCUCCUGAUCCAAAGGCUAGCAAUGGCUCGCCUGCAGGCAACCCCGACCUGGGCUAUCUGAGAGAAGCGCUGCUUGCUUUCAUGAAACUGAGCGAGAAGAAGCAUCAGCUGCAGUAUGUGCCCGUGCUGAAGCAGUUGUUACAUUUUGACGAUAAAACUGAGCAGCAGUGGAUGGCGGCCAUCUCAUCACGAUAG